GGGGAACGGGUGAUGUGUAAGCCGAACUAGAAACCAACCUCCAGUGGCUUUCGUCACCUUGCGCCAUGAUGGCGUGCGAGUCCGUAUCGAACACAAAACGAGUUUCCCUGUGCUGUGCAUACCGAACUCACCUUCUUGAAACAUAAUCACGCAAUUUGAGACACCCCCCCACGGGACAGACCUCACGAGAUAGCAUAUCCGCAUUUUUAACAAGGACAGAACAUCCGUGGACGCGCCCUAUUUGCCACUGGCAUCCCUUGGACCCUCUUCCAAUCCACUGCUGAUGUGCCUAGCGACACAGAUCCUUGUGACAGAUCCAUUUCCGCCGAACCCUUUUGACGUCUCAUGCUUCGGUCUGGAAGCUAUGGGUUGCGAGGCGCCGCUACUCACGAUCAAUAUCACUUCGUACGAUAUGCAAUAUUCGUGCCUGGUUCUUCCCAUCAAGCGUUUUCUGCUCUCAUACUACUCAGUCAAUGUCCCAGUCUCACGUACGCAUUGGAACAACUAUCACUAAUCACUAUGAAUACCCUCGACGACCAAGAACGGCGACCUUUGCUCUCUCCCACGUCGUCCCGCUUACCAUCGACGGCUACGACCUCGGACAGCAAGCACCCGCUUUCUCAAGUAGAAGGGAUAGCCGAAGACAAUAUCGUCACUGGAGAUGUUCAUCCAACCCGCUCCGUGGAAGAUGAUGUGCUUCCAGAGACAUCGACACUCGGUCGAACAUUGACUUGGCAGAGUGCAUAUAUCCUCGUCAUCUCAAGAGUCAUAGGCAGCGGUAUCUUUGCCACCCCAGGCGCAAUCCUUCGCUCGGUCGGUAGCCCAGGCCUGUCACUGCUGCUCUGGUUUAUCGGUGCUAUCAUUGCUGGCUGUGGUCUAAUGGUUUCGCUCGAAUUUGGAUCGAUGCUGCCGCGAUCCGGAGGCGACAAAGUUUACUUGGAGUUUACGUAUCGACGACCACGCUUCCUCGCUUCAACACUCAUCGCCAUUCAUGCUGUUCUCUUGGGAUUUACGGCGAGCAAUUGCAUUGUCUUCAGCGAGUACUUGCUCUUUGCGUUUGGCGGCCAAAAUCCCAGCGAUCUUCUCCGAAAAGGCCUCGCAAUUGCAUUGCUGACCACUGUCACGAUCAUUCAUGGUUGCUUCCCACGCUUCGGCGUCAAGCUGCAGAAUAUCCUUGGCUGGGUCAAAGUAGGCCUUGUUGUUUUCAUGAUCUUCUCCGGUAUUUAUGUCGUCUUGUUUCGACCAUCGACCGAAGCAGCGCGAACCUCCGCGACCCUCUCAUGGGGAAAUCUCUGGGAGGACACGAACUGGAACUGGGGGGUUAUUGCAACGUCCCUUUUCAAAGUAUUCUACUCCUAUAACGGUCUCGACAACGCCAACUACGUUCUCAAUGAGGUAAAAGAUCCGGUGCGGACACUGCGAUCAGUUAUGAUGGCUGCUUUGACAACUGCAUGCGGGCUAUACGCCCUCAUCAAUGUGGCGUAUUUCCUCGUUGUACCCAUCGAGGAUAUCAAAGAAAGCGGAGAGCUCAUUGCGGCUCUUUACUUUACAAGGAUCUUCGGCGAAGGACUUGGCAAAACAGUCCUUCCACUAGCUGUUGCUUUGAGCGCUGGAGCCAACGUUCUCGUCGUUGCCUUCUCUGCAGCUCGUACCAAACAGGAGAUUGCCAGGCAAGGCUUCCUGCCAUUUUCUGACAUACUCUCUUCGACAAGGCCGUUCAAUUCACCUUUAGGCGGAUUACUGGUUCACUAUAUCCCAUCGUUUCUCGUCAUUGCUCUUCCCCCGACAGGGGAAGUCUAUUCCUUUAUACUCGAAGUCGAAGGAUAUCCUGGGCAGUUUCUUGCGUUGGCUGUUGGGUUUGGACUUUUGUGGCUACGAGCGAAGCGACCUGAUCUCAAGAGGCCUUUCAAAGCAUGGAUACCUGCAGUCUUGUUGCGGAUCGGGUUGAGUUUGGCUCUUUUAGCUGCACCAUUCUUCCCACCCGACACCAAGCCGGUAAACGGAUUGUUUCAUGCGACUUACGCAGUUGUUGGGGCCAGCAUUCUUGGUGCUGGGGUUGUUUACUGGUAUUUCUGGAUAGUUCUUAUACCUAAACUGCGCGGGUACAAGAUUGAAGAAUGCGAAGAGACUCUGAAGGAUGGUACAACUAUAACUAAGCUAGUACACUCUAGAUCUACAUCCUAG